UGACUGGCUUGGCACCCACGUGGGCACCAGCCCCCGCGCCUGCCAGCCUUGUGGUCGCUUCCUGGACCUUGCACCCGCGCAGUACCUGCUCCUUGAUUCAUCCUGGUUACUGUAAGCCCGAGGAGGCACAGGCCUGUCCCGGGUCUCCUCAGGUUUGCCCGCUCUCCCCAGCGUGCUGCGAGGACUGAGAAGGAGGCGCAAGCUGCCCCGAAUCCCUCCCUGCAGGACAGGAACAGGAGGGAAGUCUCAACAUGGAAGAACACCUCAGUGAAAACGAAGGAAAACUGGAAAAGGAGGGAAAGCCAGAAGAUGAGGUGGAGCCUGAAGAUGAAGGAAAGUCGGAGGAGGAAGACAAGAAGGCGGAUAAGGAAGGGAAGCCGGCGCGCCAGGGAAAGCCUGAGGCUGAGGGAGAGCCAGACGAGCAGGGCCAAGCAAAGGACCAGGGCGAGCCAGACAGUCGGGGGAAGUCGGGAGGGGAGGGCAAGCCCCCAGGGGAGGGGAAGCCCGAGUCCCAGGCCAAGCCAGCCAGUGAGCCCAGGGCAGCCGAAAAGCGCCCUGCUGAAGAUUACGUGCCCCGGAAAGCAAAACGAAAAACGGACAGGGGGACAGAUGAUUCCCCCAAGGACUCUCAGGAGGACUCACAGGACAGGCACUUGAGCAGUGAGGAGGUGGUGAGAGAUUGUGCAGAUGUGUCAAGGGCUCAGGAGGAGCUCAGGAAAAAGCAGAAAAUGGGAGGUUUUCACUGGAUGCAGAGAGAGGCCCAGGAUGCGUUCGCCCCCAGGGGCCAAAGGGGUGUCCGAGGAGUCCGGGGCGGAGGGAGGGGUCCAAGGGGAUUACACGAUAUACCAUACCUUUAAGCCUUUGGCCUUCCAUGCUGACUUCUCUGGCGAGGAGAAUGUUGCUGGCCCUGCUUUCCCUGGUAGAUACUUGCCAGGCCCUGUGCUUUAACCUUCAGCUGAUACUCUGCUUUAGGUGUCACUGUCCUUACCAGCAGCCUUUUGACCCAACUCCAGUGCUCUCUGUCUUUUAGUACAGGACUUUCACCCAUGUGCAUGGAAAAGAUGUUCAUGGUACAUUGUAGAAAACAAUAAAGAAAACGGUUUGCAGAACCACA